AUGGGAGAAAACAUAGAUAUACCCCAAGACGCCAUGAUGCAAAUGAUGAGAACCCUCACAGAGCAGUUGAGAGGACUCGACGAUAGGAUAGGCCGUUUGGAGCAACCUCAAGCGAGGGUUGACGUUGGACCAGAUCCAGAACAAAGGAAUGUACGCGACAAGGAAGACGAAUCCAUUGACAUGGAUGAUGAUGAUGAUCCACCACCAGAUCCAUUAAGGCGUCAACAUCAGCGGAGAGAAGAUCCUUUGAUGCGGAACCGUGCUAGAGAGGUAGAACCAAGAGAACAAAAUCGAGAUGUUAAACUAAUACCUCCUACUUUUGCAGGAAAGUUUAAUCCGGAGGUUUACAUGGACUGGGAGAGACGUAAGGAAUACAUAUUCCAAUGUUAUGGCUAUGGAGAAGCCCGAAAGGUAGCCCUUUCAUCGGCACAUCUCACUAACAAUGCCUUGUCAUGGUGGGAUAGGACGAUAACCGAUAGAAGGAGGCAGCGAAAAUUGUCUCAGGGAACAAGGACUGUGGAUGAGUAUUUUGAGGAGUUUGAGAAGCUCAUGAACUCCUUGGAGCUGGAAGAAUCGAGUGAGUCCCUUAUGGCUCAAUUCAUUGAUGGCUUACAAGAGCGUAUAGCCCGAAAGGUGGAGACAUCGAACUACAGCAGCCUACAUGAACUACUUCACAAGGCUGUACAAGUGGAGCAGCAAAUCCAGCGUAAGAUGUCUUUAAGGAACCGUACUAGAAACAACACGCCUUGGAAUGCAAGCAACAACCGGAGCAUGGACAAAGGCAAGGCCGUGGAAAAUGACUCUAGGUUCAAGAACAAGUCUAAUGAGGUACCUAAAACCUCUAAACCCGAACCAGGUAAGUUCCCUAACACUAGUCAAUCUCGUGCCCGUGACAUUACUUGUUUUAAAUGUCAAGGCAGGGGACACUUGGCGAGAGAACGUCUGAACCGAAGGGUGAUGAUUGUCACAGCUAGUAGAGACUAUGAGUCUCAAGACGAGCAAUAUGAGUACCAUACUGAUCCGGAGAAUGACGUGGAGUAUCCCGACACAGGAGAAUUUCUUGUGAUCCGACGUAUGCUGAGUGUACUUGUCAACCCCGAGGAGAAAGUUCAAAGGGAAAAUAUUUUCCACACUCGAUGCACAAUCAAGAACAAGGUAUGUAACUUGAUUAUUGAUGGAGGUUCUUGUACUAAUGUUGCUAGCAAGUAUAUGGUGGACAGGUUAGGUCUUCAGAAAACAAAGCACCCGAGGCCAUACAAACUUAGGUGGCUGAACGAUGACACCAAGCUGAAAAUUGCUGAACAAGUUACUGUAUCAUUCAGCGUUGGGAAAUACCAAGAUCAAGUCAUUUGCGAUGUAGUUCCAAUGAGAGCCGGACAUCUUCUUCUUGGAAGACCAUGGCAGUUUGACCGAGCUACAACUCACGACGGUCGAACAAACCAUUACACUUUCACGCACAAUGACCGUAAGUUCAACCUUGCCCCUUUAAGUCCUUCUGAAGUUCAUGAGUUGCAAAAACACAUGAACAAAGAGGUCGAGGUAAGGACUUCUAACCUUUAUUUGAGAUCCAAUGAGGUUUGUAAAACCAUGAGUGCCAAGGGCACCGUGCUACUAAUGUUGUUCAAAGAAUGUUUAAGUACAGGUACAAGUGAGCUUGAACUACCCGCUGAAGUACAAGCUGUACUAGAUCAAUACAAAGACGUGUUUCCGGAGGAGAUACCACCAGGAUUACCCCCUAUUCGUGGCAUUGAACAUCAGAUCGAUCUUGUACCCGGUUCUGCUCUACCAAACAAACCAGCUUACCGAAUGAAUCCGGAGGAGUCUAAGGAGUUAGAGAAGCAAGUGCGUGACCUAAUGGAUAAAGGACUGUCGAGCAAUCAACAAUAUCACCAUCAAGUAUCGACACCCCAUUCCAAGACUAGACGACAUGUUGGACGAGUUAAGUGGUGCAACCGUCUUCUCAAGAUUGACUUGAGGAGCGGCUAUCACCAGGUCCGAAUGAGGGAAGGAGACGAGUGGAAAACCGCGUUUAAAACCAAGCAAGGUCUCUAUGAGUGGCUUGUCAUGCCAUUUGGGUUAACCAACGCCCCAAGCACCUUCAUGCGACUAAUGAACCAGGUUCUAAGGUCAUUUAUUGGUUUUGUAGUGAGUAAACACGGCCUACAGGUGGAUGAGGAAAAGAUUAAGGCAAUAAGAGAAUGGCCUACUCCAACUUCGAUUGGACACGUUCGCAGCUUUCAUGGUCUCGCAAGCUUCUACAGGAGGUUUGUCAGGGAUUUUAGUACAGUGGCUGCACCAAUGACUGCCGUGAUCAAGAAAAACGUGCCUUUCUCAUGGGGAGAAGCUCAAGAAAAUUCCUUCAACACAUUGAAAGAGAGGCUCACACAAGCACCAGUCUUAGCCCUCCCAGAUUUUGAAGUUAUGUUUGAAGUAGAGUGUGAUGCAUCAGGUUUGGGAAUUGGAGCUGUACUACAUCAGAGGAAAAGACCCGUGGCUUUCUUCAGUGAGAAGUUGAGUGGAGCUACGUUGAACUAUCCGACCUACGACAAGGAGCUUUAUGCCUUAGUUCGAGCACUGGAAACGUGGCAACAUUACUUGUUAUCCAAGGAAUUCAUCAUUCACACCGAUCAUGAAACCCUCAAGCAUCUCAAGGGCCAGAUUUCACUUAAGAGGAGACAUGCGAAGUGGUUGGAGUUCAUUGAGACGUUCCCAUAUGUGAUAAAGUAUAAGAAGGGCAAAGAGAACGUGGUUGCUGAUGCUUUGUCAAGGAGGCAUGCUCUUAUAGCUACUAUGGAGGCUAAAUUAAUGGGUUUUGAGCAUAUGAAAGAGUUGUACAAAGAUGAUCCAGAAUUAGGAGAGUGCUACAAGGAGUAUGGCAAAGGAGCAUAUCAAGCAUUCUACUUGCAAGAUGGGUUUCUAUUUAGAGAUAAGCGGUUGUGUAUUCCUCAAGGCUCCAUGUGA